CGGCGCGGGGCAGGCCGGGAUGGAGGAGGAAGAGCUGGACUUGGCCUGCGAGCUGGAGGCGGCUUUGCAGCUGGCGCCGGAGGUGCAGCUGGCCAUCGAGCAGGUUUUCCCUAGUCAAGAUCCUCUUGACAGAGCUGAUUUUAAUGCUGUGGAAUAUAUUAAUACGCUCUUCCCGACAGAACAAUCUUUGGCGAACAUUGAUGAUGUGGUGAAUAAAAUCAAGCUGAAAAUAAGGCGCUUGGACGAUAACAUCCGGACCGUGGUGAGAGGGCAGACCAACGUGGGACAAGAUGGCCGGCAGGCUCUCGAGGAGGCCCAGAAAGCCAUUCAGCAGCUCUUUGGUAAGAUUAAGGACAUCAAGGAUAAAGCUGAAAAAUCCGAGCAGAUGGUUAAAGAAAUUACCCGUGAUAUCAAGCAGUUGGAUCACGCCAAGCGCCACUUGACCACCUCCAUUACGACGCUGAACCAUCUCCACAUGCUGGCUGGCGGGGUGGAUUCCCUUGAGGCCAUGACCCGGAGGAGGCAGUAUGGAGAGGUGGCCAAUCUCCUCCAAGGCGUUGUGAACGUGCUGGAGCACUUCAGCAAGUACACAGGGAUCCCGCAGAUCCGGCAGCUUUCUGAAAGGGUGAAGGCAGCCCAGAACGAGUUGGGGCAGCAGAUCCUGGCGGACUUUGAAGAAGCUUUUCCAUCUCAAAACACGAAGAGGGCUGGAGGACCCAGCAACGUCCUGCGGGAUGCAUGUCUGGUUGCCAAUGUAUUGGAUCCCAGGAUCAAGCAGGAGAUCAUCAAGAAGUUUAUCAAGCAGCACCUCUCUGAAUACCUUUUGCUCUUCCAGGAGAACCAAGAUGUUGCCUGGCUGGAUAAAAUAGACAGGCGCUACGCUUGGAUAAAACGCCAGCUGGUGGACUACGAGGAGAAGUACGGCCGCAUGUUCCCUCUGGAGUGGUGCAUGACGGAACGGAUCGCUGUGGACUUCUGUCACAUUACAAGGACGGAGUUGGCAAAGAUCAUGCGCACAAGAGCCAAGGAGAUAGAGGUGAAGCUGCUUCUGUUUGCCAUCCAGAGGACCACCAAUUUUGAGGGGCUGCUGGCCAAGCGCUUCUCGGGCAGCACCUUGUCUGACGUGGUGGUGAAGAAGGUGGAACCACCACCCUCCACCAACCCCUUCCUGGAGGAUGAAACUACGCCGGAGAUGGAAGAAGCCCCGAUGGAAAAGAGUGACAUUGAGAAACCCAAGAGGCCAAAGGUCCCGGAUAAUCCGUUCCACGGCAUCAUUUCCAAGUGCUUCGAGCCCCACCUUUAUGUCUACAUCGAAUCCCAAGACAAAAACCUCAGCGAGCUGAUCGACAGAUUUGUGGGCGAUUUCAAGGCCCAGGGGCCCCCCAAGCCGAAUGUGGACGAGGGCGGUGCUGUGCUGCCCAGCUGUGCCGACCUCUUUGUGUAUUACAAGAAGUGCAUGGUUCAGUGUUCGCAGCUGAGCACCGGGGAGCCAAUGAUUGCCUUGACCACCAUCUUCCAGAAGUACCUCCGGGAGUAUGCUCGGAAGAUCCUUUCGGGGAACUUGCCCAAGAUGACCAGCGGCGGCGGUGGGCUGACCAUCACCAGCCUUCUGAAAGAGAAGGAGGGCUCUGAAGUGGCCAAGUUCACCCUGGAAGAGCUCUGUCUGAUCUGCAGCAUCCUGAGCACUGCUGAAUAUUGCUUGGCCACAACCCAGCAGCUGGAAGAAAAGCUCAAAGAGAAAGUGGACAUCAGCCUGAUGGAAAGGAUCAACCUGAUGGGGGAAAUGGACACUUUCAGCUUGGUGAUCUCCAACAGCAUCCAACUUCUGGUGCAGGACUUGGAUGCGGCCUGCGAUCCAGCUCUCACAGCCAUGAGCAAGAUGCAGUGGCAGAACGUGGAGCACGUGGGUGACCAGAGCCCAUACGUCACCUCCGUGAUCCUGCACAUCAAGCAGAAUGUCCCCAUCAUCCGAGACAACCUGGCCUCCACUCGCAAGUACUUCACACAGUUCUGCAUCAAAUUUGCCAACGUUUUUAUUCCCAAGUUCAUCAACCACCUCUUCAAGUGCAAGCCAAUCAGCAUGGUGGGGGCGGAACAGCUGCUGCUGGACACCCACUCUCUGAAGAUGGUCCUUCUCGACCUGCCGUCCAUCGGGUCCCAGGUGGUGAGGAAGGCCCCCGCCAGCUACACCAAGAUCGUGGUGAAGGGCAUGACCCGUGCUGAAAUGAUCCUCAAGGUUGUGAUGGCACCACACGAGCCCCUGUUGGUGUUUGUGGACAACUACAUCAAACUCUUGGCUGACUUCAGCACAGACACCUUUCAGAAGAUCCUGGAUAUGAAGGGUCUCAAGCGGAGUGAGCAGAGCAGCAUGCUGGAUCUCUUCCGCCAGAGGCUCCCCACCCCUCCCUCCGGAGGGGAGAGCACAGCCUCCAUCUCGCUGGCAGCCCCCACGCCCGAACAGGAGUCUUCCCGCAUCCGCAAGCUGGAGAAGCUCAUCAAGAAGAGGCUCUGAAGACGGC